AUAAUUUUCAUAUUUACAGAAUUAAUCGAUUAUGAAAAUUAUCAAUCAAAGAGCGUGGUUCGAUAAUAGAACAGCUAUACCAGAAAGGGUAUCUACACACGCUUUUGGACAAGAACUACGUCUGUCUUUCUCUUAUCCAUGUAAAUGCCCAUAAGUCCGUCUCUGUCGCACUCGCAGGGAGUAUAGAAAAUCUUCAAAACAUGAGGAUUUCUAUCGAACCAGCAUCUCCGUUGCUCCUAACGAGACGCUCUUUAUAUCAUCAGCCAUUCACGUGAUAAGAUAGUAAAGUAGAGCAAAAAAAAUGUAAUCUAAGAAAAAUUGUUUCCACAGGUGUAUCCCUACGGAGCACGUGAGUGUUGGGGAUGCGUGUGAUACGUGACGGGGGUUGCACCUCAGGGUGGUGGAGGUUCUCCUACCGUGACGCGUUGUUGACGUUACCAGGGGCAACCUUCCACCUUUCCCAGGUGUCGAUAUCCACACAUCCUCCGCACCAGAGUCACCCGUAAACUAACGGCAACCUUCGACCUUCUAAGGUUAGCAAGUAGUAUCGUACUCCUGCUAAUCAGCGAAUACCUCAAUUCCGUGAUAAGGUGUACCUGAACUUUGUAGUACGUGAUAAUCUCUAUGGUGAAAUCACUUGACUUGCUUGGACCUCUGACCUUCUGCGUGUGAAGACACCUCAUCACACUCUGGCCCAUCGACCGGACGUAUUUGCUGGCUGGCACAAAAUGUCGGUGGAUCCUGAAAAUAAUACCAAGGACGCUAUAAAUACGGUUCAGGAUGCAGUAAGCUUGCAAGCUUCGGAUAUCCUUAAGCCUACGUUGCAGGAUAACGAUUUUCUUCAAAGUUUCGUGAGAAUCGACCUUGACGAUCAUACUGAUACGAAAAAGGGAAUAAGAUCGUACCUAUCCGAUCUGAAGAAUUCCAGAGACAGCAAGGAUCCGCGCGAAGGUCCUGCAGGACUUCCGGGUACGCAUCAAAGCAUUGAGACACCUGAAAAUUUUAGUCAACAUACUCAGAGCAAUGCCAAAGGUAGUCAUAGACGUAACAGUCAACGUAAGGUACGAACUUUCAAGCCGUCCUUGGAUACGGAAAUGAACGUGCAGAAGUCGAAGAGGAAACGACGUAGGAAAUUUGGAGGUCGUCGCCAGGAAGAAAUAUAUACGGAUAAGGAUAGAGCGGCUGCUGUUAAUAUGGGGAGUCGUGAUAUUAAGCAAUCAUUAAAAAUGAAAAGAAAAGAAGAUCGGAGUAGAGCCCUUCAGAUACCCGAGGAAGCGGAACCCAGCGCCAUGUUGGCACUUGGUGCGCGGGAAAUGCGAAGUGGAGACGUCAAGAUCGCUAUAUCUUGUAUCAAUAAGGCUUUGGAACUCAGUCCGGACGACAAAAAUGCGCUUAUUGCACGUAGCAGAUGUUACCUGCUACUGGGCGAACCUCAAAAAGCUCUUCAGGAUGCCGAAGCAGCUCUUAAAGGAAAGUUGAAGGAUCCCAAUACCGCGCGGGCAAUAUUUUACAAAGCUGAGGCACUUUAUCAUUUAGGCGAUUUUGAACUAAGUCUCGUCCAUUAUUAUAGAGGCAUGAGAAUUAGACCAGAAUUUGAUCAAUUUCGACUUGGAGUUCAGAAGGCAAAGGAGGCUAUACAGAAUAUCUUGGGAAACAACAGCGUACCGAUUUCUAUUUGUGGUAAUUCUGGCACUGAUCUUGAAUCCAUUUACACAAGAGACAAAAGUCCUGCCAGAUUAAGGACCCCUGUCCUACUUGAUGACUUGGAGUCAUGUACAUCAGGAAAGCAAAGUAAAGUAAAUGGAAUAACGAACGAAGGGUCGAGUAAAGAAAAUUCAGUUUCAACGAAACGUAAAACAGGAACGCCAAAUCUUUUGGGACAGCUAAACGUGGAUAAGAAAUACUUACAGAAUCUCCUUAAGAGACCAGGUAACAAUUUUAUAACGAAACGUUUAAUCUAGACUUCCAAUAAUCAGUAUUCAGCCAAC